CCCUCGCCGCGCUCUAUAAUACGUCGUGACGUCACUGUGAUCACGUGACGUGAGUCGGCUCGUUGUCUGCGUCUCUGCUUGUUGUGUAUUCAGAACAAGCGCUUCUUGGCCUAUUUACGUUCACAAGACCAUAAAAUACGAUGGAAGGGAGAAACUACGGCUCAAGUUUUUCCAAUUGGGGUCGUGGAGGGUCUGGCAACAGAGGUUCUGGAAACUUUGAUCUAUUUGGUGGGAAUUAUAAGAAUUCCAUGUCGGGGUUCGGGGGUUACGGAGGCGGUAACUCCAAGAGAGGCCUCUCUGGGUCAUCCAUGCUCCAGCAAAAGAUAACGCAUGCAGACGAAGUUAUUGCCAAAAUUAACCAGCGCUUGGACAUGCUCACUCAGCUGGAAGGGGGCAUGAAGAGCCGAGGCGACAGGUUUGGCCAGUUCGAUUCAUUCGACUCGCUCUCCUCCUCCUCCCGAGAUCUCUUCAGAUCCGGUGGCGGUAGCUAUGGCUGUGAUGAUGGCCGUGGUGACAACAUGCUGUUGGGCCAGCGAGGAGGCUCGGGCUUCGGGGGGGCCAUGGGGCAAGGAGGGGGAGGCGGCUUCAACAGCCUCUCCUCUUCUUAUGGAGUCGCUAAAAUGCGACAGAAUAUGAGGGAGUCCUUCACCAGUGGCUCUGGUGGGGGAGGAUGGGUCGGAGCAGGCCGUCAUUCCCCCAGAAGGGGUGGAGGCGCUGGAGGUCGAGGAUCUGGCGGAGGGUUUGGGGGCUACAGGUCAGAGCCCAUGCCAUUUGGCGGAGGCGGCCGGGGAAGCGGUCCCUCCCCAGGGGGUGGUCGAGGCAAGCUCCCAUCCCUCCUGUCCAACCGCAUGUACUCAGAGGGUGGAGGUUUCCACCAGGGUCCCUCCCAAGGGCCCCACGACUUUCCCGGGAGGCAUUUUGGAGGGGGCCCGAGGGCUGGCCGCCAGCGAGGCCGCAAGAGACCCCUCAACAAACAGGUAAGACCACCAAAUGAUGUCCAGAAGAAGAGAAAGCAGAUGGUCACUCCUGCAGAUGAGCCAGAGUCGAAAAUGAACAGGACUGAAAGAGCAGAUGCUGGCGCUUCCAAGGAGAAAGAAGAGAAAAAUGGCGACAACGGCGAGGCAACUACUGCAGCUACGGAGACUACUGAUGGAACUUCAGGUGCAGCUACACAGGACGAUGGCACCGAGAAGGCAGUGCCUCAGGAAAUACAGCCUCCUCCCCGGACCCCGGGCAAAUCUGCCAAAAUGAAAAAGAAGAGGGGCUUUCAGGAUAGGGUGAUGUUUGCGUGCUCUGUGUGCAAGUUCAAAUCAUUCUACAAGGAUGAUAUGGAACGACAUCUGGAGAGUCGCUUCCACAAAGACCACUUGAAGUUCCUCUCGGGCCAACUCUCCAAGCCAACCACUGACUUCCUUGAGGAGUACUUGCUGAAUAAGUUCAGGAAAAUGGACCAAAUCGUCAAGCAGAUGGAACACCACAGCGCUGCCCUCUGCCAGAUGUACAGAGAUCAGGACCUCACAAAGGAUCUUGGCAUGGAGCACUUCAUGAAGAAAGUGGAAGCUGCACACUGCAGCGCAUGUGACAUUUUCAUCCCCAUGGAGCUUCACAUGAUUCAGAAACACAUCAAAUGCCCUGACCAUAACUAUAAUCGCAAGGGAAUGAUGGAGCAGUCGAAGAAAUCCAGCCUGUCGGUUGCACGCAGCAUUCUCAACCACAAAGUCAUUGGAAAGAAGCUGGAGAGCUACCUCAAGGGAGAAAAUCCAUUUACUGGUAACCCCCAGGGCCAGGAGGCAUCCGAUUCCAUGGUGGUGGAUGCAACAGAGGGACAGAAAGAAUCUGUCAUUGCCGAGGAAGGCACCCAAGCCGUCGAGGCAGCCGCGCAGCAGGAGCCCGAGGUGGAGGCAGUCAAGGAAGUAAAGAUGGCGGCAGAGGAGGAGGAGCGAGAGGAGGGAGAGAAGGAGGCAUUCAUGGAGAGCGCCGAGGAGGAACAGGAGAGCCUGGAGCACCAGGAGGGUGAGGCAGAGGGCGAAGAAGAAUUUGAAGUGGCAGAGGAUGAAGAAGACGACGAAGAGGGAUACGUGGUCCACGAUGAAAUUGAUGAAGAGGAGGGAGCAGAGGUGGCCAUUGCCGUUGAAGAAGACGAGCAUAAAGAAUGAACUUUUGUCCCUGGUGAACGGAGCAGACACAUGACAAACAAUGAAAUAUGUAACCCUUACAAAUUUCACUUUAUUCCACCUAAAUGUCCGUGUUUAUACUUUGGUGUAAUAGUCAGAAAAUGCAUUUGGAACAUGGCAGUUUGAUACCAAUCCGAAGACAACCAUCGCAAAACGUGUUUAUUGCUUUUCAAUAUUUUGUGUGGCUUUUUGUUCAAGCUAUUGUUCAUUUAUAUUACACUGUCGAAUUGUUUCAAUGCACUUUGUAUUAUACGAUUUUGUCAGCCUAAAAAUUGCGUUCUGCCCAUUAUGGAUAUAUAUUUUUUCCCACUUCCAACUGAGUGGUGGAUUGUUUUGUUCUGCUUAGAGCAGUUGUGAAUUGAACAAUUGCCAUGUUCCAUCGCUAUUAAUGUAACUUCUACAGUGUCAUGAAUAAACUUGAGUGAACAACC